CUUCACGUUGCGAUCAGCUGAGAGAGAAACCUAUCGUCCGUAUCAAUACACUUGUACCAGCUAUUCUUACGAAACCACUCGACAGUUUACGAUUUCAAAGUUAACCAAUUCUAAGUGAAUUAUUCUUUAUUUUUGUGAGGAAAUACUCAUCAAAAUUCAUAGAAGAGAAAAUGGUUCGAGUGUUUGUUCAGAAGGAGUCCUGUUGUAGCGAGCCGAGGAACGUCGGGGAAGGGGUUUGUUCCGGACCCAGGGAAGUCAUUGACCGAGAAAGGGCUGAAAUGGCAGUGCAGGCAGUUACCAAAGUGGAAAAUGGAGAUACAAAUUAUAACUUUAAUAACUAUAAUAACUAUAGUGCCAUUCUUUCCCCGGAUACAUCCUCACAGUCGUCUUUCUGUGACUCGGAGAGUGACAACGGCUCCAUGGUUAUAAACGAGGGAACUGGCUCUGUUGAAUCUAGUGGCGACGUGAUGACGAAAGAGGAGAAGAGAAAAGCAAGAAGACGAGAGAGAAACAAGAAAUCUGCACAAGCUUACAGACAACGUCGUCGGCAACAAUCCGGAUCACAGAUCGAGACCUUGAAGACACUUGAAGGGAAAAACCAGGAACUCUUGCAGAAGGUUCAGCGCCUUGAGGAAGAAAAGAAGUUUAUUGAGGAGCUUUUGAAGAACAAGAUUAAGAUUCCCUGGCAUAUUCGCUGGGCCUUACCACCUACAUGGCAUCAACCUACAACAACACCCCCUCCCACAACAACAGGGAUGAUGACCGUCGCCAUGGGCGCCCCAAUGUCCAUGGGAACCGAGGUCACGUGUGCUUCGUGAUGCGCAUGCAGUAAAACAAGGAUUUUACUGCCGCUCACUGCAUACUACGAUGACUGCGACUGCGCAGUAUCCACGGAGACUGACUUGAAAGUGUCAUAUUCUGUGAGUCGAAUGUGCUGGCCCGGGCUUGAAUUCGCAAGUUUCCAACAUGGGCUUUAUGAUUUGGCUUUAGGACAAAUCUCGGUCAUUCUGACGUAUGACAACUUAACACUAGUCUCAUCAAUUCCAUCUACAUUCUUACCACAUAGUUCUUUGGAGCGUCUUCCGCCAUCACAUGAUAAAUCUGACGGUGGGGAUGUCUCUAGUAUUGAUUGCCUUGUCCUUGAGGGAUUUUAGUUCCACGUGGACUGUGGUAUUGUACACACGACAAAGUGAAAAGAAGAACUUUUACUGUGUUGAACAAAAACUUCAGACUUGUCAUCGUCUUUGAACUCUUGUCAUUGAACAAACAUGUUGAAUAAACAUUCUCCAUCACAUUAUAGUUUUAUUUAACCAGAACACACUGAGAAAAUCAAAAUGUUCAUGAUAAUGCUAAAUACUCGGGAAACGAAAGUAUAACUGCGAUGAAGCCCACGUAUUUUUGUACAUAUUUACUCUAAGGUAAUGGUAACUCGGCGGAGUCCUUUAACCGUUUUUUGUAUUGUUUUUUAUAUAGUGAUUUUGUGAGCGGCAGAUUGAGAGAAGAGACACUGAUAUUGUCAGUAGUCGACUCGUCGCAUAUCGAUGAGGAAAAACAAGUAACAUGUAUUAUACUGAAAUUAAUAAAUUUGUAUCGUAUUUAACAAAA